ACUGGUACUUUCGCCGUCAGUUCCCUCACAGAAAAGGCACGUAACACACGCUGAGGCACGUGGAAACUGUUCCACUAACAUAUUUCGUCAUUAUCUAAUAAGGCACAGUUCUUGUUGUUGUUACGCCGCUUGGUAUUUGAUACGUUGUAAACGCGAAUAAUGUGAUAUGAAGUUGUACGCAAUUAUUAACAGUGAUUUUUUGUAACGCUUAUCAAAUAUGGUGACAAACGCUCAGUGGUUGCUAGUGAUUGGGAUAACUGCGUUACAAUUCUCAGUAUCAAAAACGCAACAAGAGAACUCAGUACGGGAUAGAGAAAAGCCGCAAACAGCACGAGAUGUCUUCAACACGAGCUCCUGCAUCCCGCCACCCUACAGAUGCCCCCAUCCAAGAAUGCAAUUCUAUUUAUACACAAGGACCACACAAGAGGAAGGGGAACUACUUAACACCCUGGACAAUGAUUCAUUGAAAUACUCUAAAUUCAACCCAAAAUUUCCAACGAAAAUCGUGGUACAUGGAUUUGGUGGGGGAAGGAAUUUAUCUCCGAGCACCGAUAUGAGGAAUGCGUAUUUUACUAGAGGAAACUACAAUAUUAUAAUCGUAGAUUAUGGAAGCCUAGUCAAAGAACCGUGUCUUUCUCAGAUAGAAUGGGCGCCUCGAUUUGCAAGUCUUUGUAUUGCGCAGAUGGUAGAGUAUAUCCAAUAUCACCCUACCAAAGGAGUACCACCAGAGAAAAUUCAUACCAUUGGAUACAGUGUUGGGGCACAUAUACUCGGUCUCGUCGCCAACCAUCUCUCUGAAGGGAAACUGGGAAGGAUUACUGGGUUAGAUCCAACGAUCUUCUUCUACAUGGGUAACAACCGUUCCAGAGAUUUGGAUUACACAGACGCCUUAUUUGUGGACAUUCUUCACACGGGGGCGGGAAUACUUGGACAGUGGGGUCCAAACGGUCAUGCAGACUUUUAUGUUAAUGGAGGUUCUAGCCAACCCGGGUGUGCUCACGAUACAAUAUUUCAAACACUAUCUUGCGAUCACACGAAAGUGACGCCAUAUUUCAUAGAGUCGAUCAACAGCCGUGCGGGAUUCUGGGCUGGCCCUUGUCCCACAUUGUUCUCUUAUCUUAUAGGCUGGUGCGAGCCUAAGGAUACUGAAUAUGUGCUUAUGGGCGAACAUGUCACGCAUAAAGCGCGAGGGGUAUAUUAUGUGACAACAAACGCAAAACCGCCGUACGCCAGAGGCUUCCCGGGAAAAAGUCGGAGGCUUAGAUCUAUAACACCCUAUACUUGAUUUGAACUGUGAUAGUCUAUGUGAUAGUUGAAUAAUAUUUAAAUAAUAGGUAAAUGACUUGCCUCUUUAAAGUUACCUUUCGUACCUACCUCAGAAUUGUAAAAUUUUCCACUCGAAACGAUUUAUACACAGCUUAAAUUGAUAUACACAUUCUUAUACUUUUGGAUAAGAUUAAGAAAAUUCAUGCUAAGAAAUUAUCUUUAUCCAAAUAGAGCUGCCAUUUUAUUAUUUAUUUUCUUAUAAAUGUACCUACCUACUCGUAAAUAAUUGUACGUCGUAUUUUUAUAUUUAUUAAUUUAUUGUAAGACUAAUAUAAAAGCCUGGUCCAGGACUAAGUGAUAUGGAUCAAUAAUUUCCUCGAUUUCGAUAAUACGCAAAAAAA